GUUAAUUAAGUACAGAAGGGAUUUUUUUUUCACGUCGUCGUUCCAUAAUUAUUGUUAACAGCAAUAAUUCAAAUCAUUUUAUUAAUAAUUUCUUUAUUUUUUUUCUUUGGAUUCCCAGAAAGUUAUUAUUGUAAAAUAAUACUCCAAAAUCCAAAUGAAGAAAUGGGUGUAUGGUUUUAUAUUUUUACUUGUUAUCAUAUCACAAGGGCGAGGGCUCCAAGUUGAAAUUACCAUUCUGGACAACGCUGUCGAAGAAGGAGCCGUAUGCUUGGACGGAAGUCCGCCGGCUUAUCAUCUAGACAGAGGAUUUGGCAAUGGUGCUAAUGAUUGGUUGGUCCAAAUUGAGGGAGGAGGGUGGUGCAAUAGCAUCAUGGAUUGCAGUACAAGGACGAGGACUCAUUUAGGGUCCUCCAAGCUAAUGGAGACACCACGUACUUUUAGUGGAAUUAUGAGCAACAAUCAUUCAUUUAACCCAUAUUUCUACAACUGGAAUAGAGUUAUGGUUAGGUACUGUGAUGGUGCCUUGUUUACCAGUGAUGUAGAAGAUGUCGAUCCUGCCAACAAUCUUCACUUCAGAGGUGCAAGGAUUUUCAAGGCAAUCAUGGAGGACUUACUGGCAAAGGGGAUGAUAAAUGCAAGAAAUGCAAUUCUCUCAGGAUGUUCAGCUGGGGGAUUAGCUUCAAUAUUGCACUGUGACAAGUUCAAGGCAUUACUACUACCAUUUGCUACUGGUAGGGUCAAAUGCUUUUCUGAUGCAGGUUUCUUUAUUGAUGUGUAAGCUCCAUUUUCCAUUUCUCUUCUUACACCAAUAAUAAGAGCAGGAUGAAAAUCAGGUAUAAGAUUAAGUAAUGAAAUUGACAUUUGUAAGCAGUUAUUCGCAACCCAAAAUAAUACAGAGUAUAUAUGUAUAUAAUCAUGUCUCCUCUUGUUUUGUAAUGUAAAACUUUUGAAUUUUGACGUAGUUUUUUAAUACUUUUCCCAUCCCAAAAAACUUUACCCGUUUUGACUUUCACAGGCUUUAAGAAAGUGUUGAAAAAUCGAAAAUGUGUGGGUAAAAUUUGUUUAGAUGAGAGAUAAAUCUUGUGAGCCACAUGUUCAUUACAAAAAAAAGUGUGGGAAGUGCUUUAGAACGUCCAGAAAGAGAAAUUGGGUAAAAGAAAAUUGGGACAGAGGAAGUAUAUGUUCAUAAAUUUUACUUAUUAUUUCUACGGCAAUUUUCAAAUAGCUAUGGAAUAAUUUCAGUCAAAUAUCGUAAAACACAACCAUAACUUCUUUUACGGGUGGAGGGGAGUAUUUAACUUAAUAAAUGUAAGGUGGUAAA